AUCGAAUAAUGCCACAUUAAAACUAUCCGUUUUUAUGCUGGCAAAUGUUGGUAAUAUUAACCGUUCGCCUAUUUUGUUUUACGAAAUUUUGUGUCUUAAUUCACGGACGACCAUACUUUACGUAAAUAAACAACUUUUUUACGCGUUUAACAAAUCAGACAAAGGAAGUCGUCGAAGAGAGUGAACGCAGUUCAUAGUCCCUCGUCAACAUUAAUAUUUUGAUUUAAAUUUAGUGCUAGAAUAUGCAGAGAAAAUGGUUUUUUCUAUCGUUUAUAGUGAAUCUAUGUAUAAUCAGCGCUUACAAGCCAGUAGUCAUCAUCCAUGGUAUAAUGACUGGAGCGGAAAGUAUGCUCAUAAUUUUGGAAGAAAUCGAGAGGCAUCAUCCGGGAACCACGGUGUACAAUACGAACCGUUUUACAGGUUGGUCCAGUUUAGAAAAUGCUUGGCAUCAAGUUCUCGAGUUCAACGGUGACCUUCAGAGUAUUUGCCGGCAUCAUCCGGAAGGAGUGAUAAUGUUGGGCUAUUCUCAGGGUGGUCUGCUUGGUAGAGCGGUGUUGCAGACUUAUCCGGAUCAUUGUGUGAAGAAGUUCAUAUCGUUGAGCUCGCCUCAGGCUGGACAGUUUGGUACCGACUUUCUGCAUCUUAUCUUCCCGUCGUUGGUGGCGAAAACAGCUUAUCAAUUGUUUUACACCUACGUAGGCCAACACACGUCGGUUGGUAACUACUGGAAUGAUCCCCGCCACCAGGAUCUGUUCGAAAAGUUUAGCAUUUUCCUACCGUACGUCAAUAAUGACCUACCAUCGACAAAUUCAACCCAAUUCCGCGACACAUUGUUGAAACUAGAUCAACUGAUUCUAGUUGGAGGCCCGGACGAUGGAGUGAUUACGCCAUGGGAAUCGAGUCAUUUUGGAUACUACAGCAACGGUACGGAUGAGGUGAUUCCUUGCCAUCAAAGGCAAAUUUAUCUGGAAGAUCGAAUUGGACUGAAAACACUAGACGAGAGUGGUCGAAUGAAACUGGUGACGUUGGCUGGUGUGCAGCACUUUGAUUGGCAUUUGAAUAUACAAGUAAUUCAGAAAGUGAUACUACCGUAUCUUGAUUAGGUGAUAGUAGUUUAGAUAGCAAUUUAUGUAGCAGAAUUAUAUGACCUUGCAUGACACUAUCCAUUGUUGUGGGUUAAUUUAAAUAGGGAUAUGCCAGCGGCAGUAAACAUGUGAACAUAAAGUUUUAAAUAGAUUAGACUAUUGCAAAUAUCUGUGCCGAGGUGAUAAUAGUUUCAGGCAGACAUUUUGAACACAAGCUAAUAGACAAAUAUGUAGCUUUUAUGUAUUUAUUGGACUAUAAGGUGUAUAAAGAACAGAUUUAGCUUAA